CCCUUCACGCUUGAGGAUGCCAAACUGGGGAGGUGGAGCCAAGUGCGGUGCUUGUGACAAGACUGUAUAUCAUGCUGAGGAAAUCCAGUGCAAUGGCAGGAGUUUUCACAAGACCUGCUUCCACUGCAUGGCUUGCAGAAAAGCUCUGGAUAGUACCACAGUGGCAGCUCACGAAUCUGAAAUCUACUGCAAAACCUGUUAUGGAAGAAAAUAUGGCCCCAAAGGUAUUGGAUUUGGACAAGGGGCAGGAUGCCUCAGUACUGAUACCGGUGAACAUCUAGGCUUGGAUCUACAACAAAGUUCGCCAAAGCCUGCUCGUCCUUCUACACCUACCAACCCUUCAAAGUUUGCCAAAAAGUUUGGAGAUGUGGAGAAGUGCCCUCGCUGUGCUAAAUCAGUAUACGCUGCAGAGAAAAUAAUGGGAGGAGGAAAACCUUGGCAUAAGACAUGCUUCCGCUGUGCCAUAUGUGGAAAGAGCUUAGAAUCGACCAAUGUUACAGACAAAGAUGGAGAACUGUAUUGUAAAGUUUGCUAUGCAAAGAAUUUUGGUCCCAAAGGAAUUGGAUUUGGUGGCCUCACUCAAGUGGAAAAGAAGGAGUGAAAAAUUCUAUAACAGGUCUUUUGCUAAUGCAACAGGCUAAGCGAAACAAUGAUGCAUUUAUUUAAAAAAAGUCAUUUUUUAAAAUUAUUCUUUCACCCCAUAGAAUUCCUGAAGUAGCGAGAAAAUACAUUUUGACAGAACUGGAUUUAAGUUUAUUUUAAAACGAUUAGAGCAUAAUACUGUUUAAUGAAACAGUCUGUGAACAAAUGAAUAUCUAUUUAAAACUGCAGUUAUAGUAGCCCUGUGUACUUUGCACGGAGAAAACAUCAUCCCAUGACCCCUGGGUCAAACCAUGGUAUUCUGGAUUUGUAUCAAUCUAAAUGGAACAGAAUCUGGCCCAUAAUCUAUACUCUCUCUCAUAUCAUAAAGUUAUACUGGUGCUAUUGCACAAGAGGAAAUAUUAUUCAAAAGGCACAUUUCUAAUGUGACACUAGCUAACACUUUCAAUUCCAUCCCACUCUUUCAUUCCAACACUUUGUGCCCAAAAGCUUGUGUAAACACCUCUCCCAACUAAGUAUCUCUCACCAAAUACACCACCAACAUUUUUUCUGUCAAAAGGAAGGACUUCUGGGUUGGGAAAUGAACCUACAUUUUCUUACAAGACAGGGUAUUAAAUCUAGUUUUGUUACUGUGUUUUAAGCUACAAUAAAAUGUAGAUACUGCUUUCACACU